AUGGGUUUGAAGGCUUUAUGAGUCAACUCGUGGUUCAUUGGACCACUUAAAGCAAAAGUUAACUGUUACUACUCAAAGCUAAUAUCCCUACUUCUAACGGCGCCGUCAAAUCAAUACGCGCCAAUUUGGUUCCGAUAAUUGCACCGUCUCUCUUUCUUCCUUCUUUUACUGUUUCCACUUCGGUCCGCACCGCCGCCGACCACCAACGCCGCCGCCGCGCUGUCUUCAUCCCUGAUGAGAGGCGGCUUGUUGUUUCCUUUUCCUGCAACCACCACUACAGUUUCUCACACUUUCCAUAAUGACCAUUCUGCCCCUUAUUCUGAGCAAAAUUCCUUCCGAAUUCCCGUCCAGUCCCAAAACUCCCCAUCGGAUGAUCCAGAGCAGAUACAACCCCCCGCCGACAUCACCCGAUCCAGACGAAUCUCCGCCGCGAUUGUUAAGAUACAAUCUGUUUACCGAUCUUACGUGGUCCGCAAGCUCGUGAAGACGAUCUCAGCCGUCAAUCUCGAAGCCAGCAAUCUGCAACGCAUCAUCCAACGGCAGGAGACGGUUGAUGCAGUGAGGAGCAAUGAACGAGAGAGGAUUAAGAUCAAUGAAGUGUUAAUGGGAUUACUUUUUAGAUUAGACUCUGUGCCUGGCAUCGAUCCAACUGUCAGGGAUUUGAGAAGAAGCGUUAGCCGCAGGAUUGUUGGGCUUCAAGAAAUACUGGAUGCCGUUUCCGAUGCGAACAUCGAGCCUUGGGAUGGUUUCAUGAGGGACUGGGAUGAUUAUCUUGAGAAGAUCGAGACAGAUGUUUGCCGAGAAACUGGAGGUGGAGACAUUGAGAGGUUUUGUGUUGAGAAUUUAGGGUUUCGGUGCCUUCAACAGUUUCUUCGCGACCAAUGGUGAUGAUGGAUGAAAGCAGUGGUGGUUUGAUCUCUAAUGUGUGCUAAAAAGAACUUCAUAUACACAGCCAGAAUUGCAAUUCUCCUCGUUUUUGUGUGUGUGUAUAGAUAAGCAUAACUUUGUGUAAAUUAACAAUACCUGAAAUGUACAUUUUUUCUUGAUUCCUGAGUCGCUUGAUUUUGUGAUAUCUGUGAGGCCAUGAGCCCUCUCGUUUGAGAGUGCAGUGUAAUCAAGGGAGUAACAUGGUCCCCUUGCUCAAACUUUGCUAUAAAAGUAAUACUUUGUUGGGUUAUAGAGUUUAUCA